ACAGUUAUUUUGAGUUAAGACUGAUAGGACUGUAUUAUAUAAACUACGGAGAACUGAAUAUUGUAAAGAAUAAAAUUGAUAAGAUUAUACCAAAGAUUAAGAAAAUGAUGAUACAACUGCAGAGUCAAGAUAUUAUCUAUUUCCUUAACUCAAAGUAUGUCCCGUAGUAUGACGGGUCGAUAACAUAAUGAGUUGUAUUCUAGGAUACAACUGCAAAAAAUCUUCUGAUUUGCGUCACUCUAUCAGAAUCCUGAUAAAACUAAUUUUAUGUAUGCUCUCACACUCAAAAAAAGAAAAGAAGAGAAAACACAAAAUAUAAAGAAUCAAAUAUUCAAGUGGGAUAAUUAUUUUUACUUUACUUGUUUGUAUAUAUGUGUCACAUGAGUUAACACAAGUUCUCCUUUUAUAUAGAAAAAAUGAAGACAUGUUAUGUCAUUAUGGAGUCAACAAAACAUACCAUUUAAGUGCAAUAAAUCAAUAAUGGAAUUUGAAUUCCUUAAUUCAUAGCUCUUGUACGUGUCUCUUUUCAAGUCAUAAAGAGGUUUUUGACCAAAUCAAAAUCCAUCAAUAUACUUUGUUGGGUUUAUAUUUUACAUUUAAGUAAGUACAAAAAUAUUUUAAGAAUAAGAUUUUAAUAUAGACUAAUUGAUAUAAAGUGUAAUUAAUCAAUUAAAUCAAUAUUCAAACCCAAAUACCCAAAGUGAUACAUUUGCUUAGUUUUUAUACUUAGCCAAAUAUAAAGUUUUACAAGCUUUUUAUAUCAUUCACUUUGGACCUCUAUUUCUCAUUCAAAACAACUCUGAUUUCCAACAAAUACACAAAUUCAUAGUGUUCAAGGUGACGAUUACAUCGUGCCCAAAUUUUGAUCCUUCCGACAUCUUUGUCGAAAAACCUAUUGAAAAAAUGGUCUACACUAUUUUGUCAAAAACGAGUUCCAACACCAACACAUCAGGACAAAUGGAUUAUGUUCUAAUGUUUUUUGUUUUUCUUUGCAAGUAGCCGUUGAUGAGUGUUUGAGAUCACAGUUUCUUUAAUUUGUUUAACCACCUAACAAUUUUUAAUACUAUUAUACGCAGCACUUGAAAUAUGUAUGUCAAGACGGGGGUGGAAUAAGUUGAAAGAUGGUUUCAUUUAUUGAAUAUUUUUAAAACAUAGAAGCUGAAACCAAUUUACCAAAUGUUGUGAUUUAAAAAGAGAGGCUUCACCGCGAGUCGCGUUAAGCCGUAGCGUAUACCUAACCCUAAAUCUACGAAGCCAAGUCGCGAUUCUCUCUUCUCUUCCCCAUUUCUCUUCCUCUUCUCUUCUGAAUCCGUAGCGUCUGUGUAUUUUCUUCACGAUCCGUUUCUUCAAUCAAUUUCGCCAUCAAUUCUAACUUUAUGGUUUCGUUUCAUCUACCCCCUUUCCUCUUUCUUUAUAUAAUGUUUUUUCCCCCGAUUACGGAUCAAAACUCUAGAAACUCGAUCGAUGGCGAUGAAACCACAUGGGAAGUCCAUUGUCUCCGACUACGAUGAAAAAGUUGUGUUCUUCAAGGAUCUCUCCCUGGGUCACCACGAAGCCCAGUUGCGGUUUCGGCUCAUCCAUUUCUGGGAGGCUUGGAACCCACUGAAGAAGACGCUCAUCGGCAUGGAGAUGCUACUCAUCGACGAAAAGGUUCAGUAAUCAAUCGUUUGUUAUCCUUUGAAAAGAAUAAUAUCGUUAUCGUUCUUCACUUAUUUAUUUUUUCUCCUUAUGUUGUUAUUCGCAGGGCACUGUUAUUCAAGGAUUCGUUUCCCCGUAUCCAAAAAUAUCUGCCUGAUAUGAAGCGAGGAUCUGUUUACAAACUCAACAACUUCUACGGAUCGAGGAACAAAUCGGUGUUUCGGGUCGCUGAUCAUACUGUUACAGUGUCAUUCUCAUGGAACUCGGAGUUGGCUGUUCUUCUAGACUGUCCCAGUCAUUUUGAUGAGGACCGUUUUCGGUUCCAUUCAUGUGAAGAGUUUCAAGCUAACUGCGACCUCAAAGGAGACCUCUACGAUGUUGUUGGCCACAUGAAGUUGGUUAAUGGUCAGAGUAUCGUUGAGGGCCCAGUUCUUGAUGAAGUGGAGAUAGCAAAGGCGAGGCGUGUUCUGAUUCAUGUCCAAUCACAUGAGUAGGUUUACACUAUUCUUUAGACACUACUUCUAUUUACUCCUAUUAACCACUUAGUAUCGUUUUUUUGCAGUGGACCGGUCAUGAAGCUAUAUCUUUGGGAUCAGGCUGCAAGAGAUUUCUGCAGAAAGUUCAAGUCGUACGAGGGCACACCCACUGUGUUACUGGUCACAACCGUUAACACGAAGACUCUCGGAGGUACUCUUGCUUUGACCUCAAUGUCCUCUUCGCGUGUGUUUAUGGACUACGAUGUCCAACCUACCAUAGAUUACUUCAGUUGGUUGGGCUCUAAUCCAGAUAUUGCUGAUCAGGUUAAUGCAGAGGUAGUCACCAAACGUGAGACAAUGACUAUAGGGGAAAUAUUCUCAUACAUCGGGCAGGAAUUUCGAAAGGUAAACUCAAUCUAUAUAACUUAAAUCACUAAGAGAAAUUUAUAAUCUUAUGCAAAUUCGCAGGACGCCUUCUUUGAGUGCACAGCUACGAUCGAUGACGUCGUGCAUGGUUCUUCGUGGUACUACAUUGCCUGCAGUGGGUGCCAUAGUAAGGUUAGCAAAGGUCCAACUUCAUUGCUCUGUACAAACAAGAAGUGCGGAAAGGUUAACGUAUCUGGUGUUCCACAGUACCUGUCAAAGAUAUCCGUUUAUGACAACAGUGACCAAGCUGUUUUUGUGCUACUUGGUGAUGCCGGUCGUGAGCUGACUGGGAAGCCAGCAUCAGAGUUAGUCAGAAGCUAUUUUGAGGCUACUGGGAACGAAGAAGUUAGCCAUGAGGCGCCUGUUCCUGAAGCUCUAAUCAGCACUAUCGGUCAGAGGCAUAAGUUUUGUGUCAAAGUAACACAGCAUAACUUUUCAGGCAAGGCCCGAUCUCUAACCGUGACCAAGAUCCUCCCUCUAGACACUCCACCAGCCACAGUGUCUUCGGAAGGUAACCAAGCUACUGCGACUUCUGAGGAGACAUCUGAAAACCGUGUGGAUUCAGCAGAUGGGAGUAAGAGAACCUGUUACAGUUCUGUUUACCAAUUGUCUUAUCUACAAUUGCAUGCAUGAUUUUUUCAUUUUGUCUUUGAAUUAUGGGAUUUUUUUCCAUGACUAUGGUUUUCUCUCAUUUUGAAUUAUCAGAGUUUUUUUAAGAAUCAUUUGUUAUCAAAUAUCAGAGUGUUUUACUAAAUUGGGUCAACAAGUUAAUUUCUACUUAUUUGCAUGUGGAUAACAUAAAGUCAACGAAUAGUAUGAAUAUAUUCCCAUAUCGCGAUUUUAUAAGGUUUAUGAAAACCCAACUGGUCCAUAAAUAUAUUAGGAUUUACUUACUAAAAUCAAAAAAAAAAUAACGUAAAUUUCAAACACAUUUAUUAAAUGUGUUUUCCUUCACUAACGUAAAAAAUAUUCCCGUAUCUCAAUCAGUUUAAUAUCUUUCCUAAAACUUACUCCUAAAAGGUUAAACAAAACGCUUUCUACUCCCAUCUCUAUAUUCGAUUAUCAAAACACUCUGUAACAUUUUAAUUCUCCUUCCUGGUUCCUCCUUUGGUCCGUUUACAAUUGUCUACAAAGCUCGCCAAACGACACUGUAAGUGUAACAAAUUUUUAACAAACAAACGAUAUAGGAAUAUUCAUCCACCCCUAUAGCCAAAAAUCUGUUUGCUUCUCAGGGUAAAGUUACACAAGAAUGGAGAACACACCUCGAACAUCCCCUUUGAAAACUGCAGGUACAAAAAUACAUACUUUUGCAUACAGUAUUGUAUUUACCAAACGGAAUUGAGAAUAGUUCAUAUAGCUUUAGAACACAACACGUAUUAGACAAAAUACAACUCUUGGUUUAGUAUGUCUCCCAAUAUACUAAGGUAGAUAUAUUAAUAUGGACAUAACAGGUAUCUAAAGUUUUAUAUUCUUUUGCAUCGCAAGUUAUUUUGAUUAUAUAAUAAACAUUUCAAUCUUCAAUUAUAAAAGGUAGGAUAAUAACUCUGUAACAUCGCAGGAACCUCACAUGUCUAUCAAUAUACUAAGCUAAAUAUACUAAUAUUUAUAACUUUAUUCUCGGUUACAUGACAAACUAUUUCUAUUACCGAGCAAACAUCUCAAUUUCUAUUUUUUAAAGUUAGGCUAAUACUUCUGGGAAAAACUCUUUUAAUAAGAACAUGGUAAAAAAGUAACGUUUAUCUGUAUAUUCAUUGUAUUAAAAUUCAUAUUAGAAAAGUUGAAUAAAUAUUCUAUUAAAUGAAUGGUAUUGUUUUGCUAGCACUCGCGGACAUUAUCAUUUUACAAAACAAUAGUAUACACAUACAUAAUCAAUUUGAAAAUCAUUAAGAUAAAUUAUUUCUAUAUUCGUGAUAGAUAAUAUUAAAAUUAGUUUUUAAAAUAUGAAAAAACAUUUUCCGCAACGUUUUAAGAUACUAUAACUAUAGUUAAUUCAAUUGUCUAUUAAUCAUAUAUAUUUUACAUUGUAUUUUAUUUUGAUCUCAAUAAUUUAUCCAACAUAUUUAUUUAAUAAAUAAUAAUUACUCAUUUUGUAUGUAUAUUUGGAAUUAAUAUUAUAUUGAAAACCACAUAGUAACAUAGAACAAUCUUUAGUUUAAAAAAUAACUUUUCAUUACAGCAAGAAUCUACAUAUCCCUUUUAUAUUAUUUGAGGAGCAUUAAUUUAAACUAACCUUGACCUCAUGUGUUAUUAACCAAAUUGCUAUUUCUUAGGUGUCAACACUAGAAUCACUCUCACACCUUUUAAUUAAAUACCCUCUCCUCAUUAGACUAAUUACAUAUAUUGCCAUUAUUCAUUACAAUAAUAGCUUAACAUUAUAUAUUAUAUGACUUCUAUCUAAAUAACUGAUAACUCAUUUGAUCAUUCAUUACCCAUUUCUCACGCGGCCUCCUUCGUAUUAAUAAAAAAUAUUUUUAUUAUUGAUUUCGUAGUCACUUUAUGUUUCUAUAUCCAUCAAGUAGAUACAAAUAUAUUAGUAAAACUAGUAUAACACAUGUUUUAGUUCAAGAAAUAUUUCUCAUCUAUCUUGAGACGCCUAUGAUCUUUAUAAUAUAAGUACAAAUAAAAAUCAAGUAUAGCUCGAAACGCCUAUCAUCUUUGAGAAUAUAAAAAUCUCAAGUACAAAUCUGUUUUUGUAUAUCAACUAUAAAACAAUUUUAAUAUCUUCAAAAUGUAGAAGGAGCUAUAUAACUGCUUGAUCUAUAUGGAUUGUAUUAGUUUUCUUAUUUCAGAAGUCCUUAUUGUCCAAUGGUCAUAUGUUAUUUUAUUUUAUAUCAACCUCACAUAUAUAAACUCAUUAUAGGUAUAGUUAUAUUGAAUAUAUAAAAAAUGUAUUAAGCUAUAGCCUUAACCAGUUAGCUACGUAUGUUAUUAUAUUGAAUUUGAAAAAUUUAUUAGUCCGCUUGGACAAAUUAAAUUAGAUAUCAAUUCAAAAUUUUCAUUGAUUGUCUUUUUAAGUGAUUAAGUAUUUAUCGGUAAUUACGGUUGUAUAUAAAGAAAGUUAGAUUAUCCUGAUUGGACAAAUUAAAUUACAUAUCAAUUCCAAAUUUUAAUUGAUUGAUUUUUUAUAAUCAUUAAUCAUUCAUCUGCAAUUACGGUUGUAUAUAAAGAAAGUUAUAUUUAAAACUGAGUUACGGCUUUACACCUUCAAUCUACUUCAAAAACUAAUAUUUUUAAAUCUACUUCAAUUACACCUAACCAGUUACACAAGUUUUUUUGGGAAAAAAACUACAUUAUAUAAAUCUGGAUAAUUUCGUUCAAUAUUUUAUUAUAUCUAAUAUUUGUGACUAUUUUUUUACUUUAUAAUAUCUAUAGAUUAAAGUAAUAAUCUCUUUUAAUCACUCAUUCCGCGCAUGACGCAGAUUAUUAAGUUAAAGACAAACUUUGAAUUGUUAACUACGUCAAAUUUAGAAUGGGAAUGUGAUUGUCACUGAUUGAUUUUUACAUUUAAUUUGAUUGACCAGCACCACAUUAAUUUCCUAUAAUACAACAAUCAAAUAGUGUACAAUAAGGAACAGAGGAAGUAAUAUAUUCAAAUUUCGAUUUGAAAUAGAAAAUUUGAUUGUGGCAAUUAAUGAUAGCGAGUAUACCCUAGACCUAGGCGCCUUGCAUAUAUAAAUGCUAGGCCUUAUAUCUACAUCUCCUCACCAUUGUCUCCUUCUCAAAACAUCUUUACCACUACGAUCUAGCAUUCACAACAGUCAUGGAAUUGUUUAAACCAUCAAUUUAUCAUUUAUUUUUGUUUUCUUAUAUUUUGUUUCUGAAUGGUUUUAUUAGUUUAUUGCUUAUGUUUCAUUUUAUUUCUACUUCGUAAUUUAUUUCUAUUAGUAUUUGCUUACUCUUAUUAUUUAUUUAUUCGCUUCCACGACCUAUAAUUCAAUUAAACAAACAAAAAUACAAGUUAAAAAAAAACGAAGAUUAAAUGGUUAGUGAAUGGUUAGUGAAACGCACAAUUUUCUUUAAAGUUUUUAUAAUAUGUAGUAUUUCUUUCUAUGAUUUCUACCUUUAUAAUAACUAUAUUAAUUAAAAGUGAUAAUCUCUUUAGAUCUAUUCACUCCGCGCAGGGCGCGGGUUAUCACCUAGUUUAAACUAAAAAAAUAACAUAACUGGCCAUCGGAUAUCUAUCACGGUUAUGAAUGUAGUUUUAUGUCUCAAAUUUUCUAUCUAUUUAAUAUGAAGACUAAUAAAUGUUAAAAGUUUAUUUAAGCUUGGGGUUAAUGACUAUUUUCAAAAAGAUCCUUUCAAAUACACAUUUUAAAACAUAUUUACAGGAGAAAAGAGAAUCUUAUGCUUGGUGAAUAAACCUGGUUAGAAUUUCGAAUUAAUAUUGGGUUGUAUCUUAUUUGGGGCUCAUAUAGCCAAUUUCUAAAGCUGUGGACUUAUCUAUUAUUUUUUCUAAAAGUCGCCUUAACUAAUUUAAACAUCUCUUUUUGGGUUUAUCUAUUUAUAUAAUAUUUAAAUACAAAUAAAAUAAAGUCAAUUUAAUUUAAUGAAUACAUUUAAUACACUACUUCUUUUGCGUAAUGUAUAAUUUCUAACUGUUUAAAAAGGUCCAAUUUUAUAAAGUUUAUACUUAAAAAACUUGAACAUCGAUACGAUUAGAAAUUUUGUAGGUAUUUUAACUGUAAUAUAAUAUGGACUUCUCCUUAUUUGUAUGAACGAUAAGUGUUCUCCCGUAACUUUUUAAAAAAUAGAAUAUAGAUAUAUUAUAAACACCUUCUUAAUUUUUUUCCAUCCAGGAACUUCUACCGGGAUCAAACAUAAAAGAAAAAGAGGACGCCCACCUGGAUCACGCAACAAAUCCAAAGGUGUGUCAUUACUCUGAAGAUAUAUUAUUUUAUACUCUACGAGAAUAAUAUUUUAAAUUAUGAAUGUAUUUUGUAGUCAAUCAGAUAUGCAAUCCACCGACUUUCAAACCAAAAUACUAUGAUUGUAAGUUUAAAUAGAUAACUAUAAUAUAUUUUUCAACAGUAUCUAUUGAUAAACUAAAUUAUUUAUCUAAUUUAAUCGUACAUGUGGCUGUGAUAAAUGUGACACUUAUGGUAUAAAAUCAAUUCAGUCUAAAAACAUUAUUAUUCCACAAUGUCUAAUGCUUAUAUUGUCUUAAAUGGAUCACUUUUAAUUUAUCCAGUGAGACAGAAAAACGCACGAGGGAUGAGAAAAGCCAUCUUGCUAUCCAAACGAACGUCAUCCCUGCCACAAGGUAACAAUCCCUGUCAACUUUAAAACAAUUAAGAAACUAUAACAAAAACUUAUAUGUCUCAUCUGCAUAUGUUAUACGUAUAGGUCUACAUGCUCCACAAGGAUCUCAUGGCUUACACCCAACAAGAACUGCGAAGAAAGGUGCAUAUUUUCAACUCAUAUUUUAAAUAAAUGUCGAGAAUGAGCUUUUAACUAUAAAAAUACUAACCACAAUGUCUUAACAAUUUAAAACACCUUUAACCACAUAUAAAGGCUCCACAUCUAAAGCUGAAGAUAACCCCAUCGUAGAAUGCACAAAAUGUGGUGCAUUAAUGUGGACUUCAGAGAGCACUGGUAAAGACUUCAGAACAGGUGAACUAACCUUCACUAUUUGCUGUAACCAUGGCCAAAUAAAGCUUCCACCGAUCAAUCAACCCCCACCCAUGUUAGAAGAACUUCUUCAGCAUAGGUGGUUUCGAGAUACCAUUCGAGUCUAUAAUUCGGUACUGGCUUUCACCUCGAUUGGAAUGAAGAUGGAUUAUACGGUGGUGAAUGCUCCCGGACCCUACACUAUACGGAUCCAAGGUCAAACCCACCAUAGAAUAGGCUCGCUACUACCGAGACAAGGCCGUCCCCCCGAAUAUCUCCAGCUUUAUAUAUUUGAGACGGGCAACGAAGUCAAAAACCGUCUAAACGCGAUGGGCCAAACCUCAACAGAAGGUAAUCUUGAUGAGACAACCUUGGCGCGCCUCAUCGAGAUGCUUGAUGAGAAUAACUGUUUAGCCAAGCUUUUCCGACGGGCACGUGACUACUACGAAGGCAGCGGGCAAGAGUUUAAUAUAAGGUUGCUCUCAGAUAAAGGGAAAGGUAAAGAAUACGAUCUCCCGAGUACGAAUGAGGUCGCAGGCCUUAUCGUAGGGGAUAUGUCAUCAACAAUUGGAGUACGAGAUAUAGUGGUUCAAUUCCAAUCUGACACUUUGCAGCAGAUACGUGACGACCACCCUCUGUACAUGAGCCUCCAAUAUCCUCUACUCUUUCCACAUGGUGAGUAUGGAUUUCACCCCGAAAUCUCAUUGCAUCUUGAGACAGGCACCUCGAGAACAAGGCAAUUCUUGACGAUACGCCAGUACUACGCUGCUCAGAUACAGACACGUCUUAACCAGGGGAUGACAUUGGUUAAAGGGGGUCGUCUCCUCCAUCAAUAUGUUGUGGACGUUUAUACGGCAAUCGAAGAAGAUCGGCUAAGGUGGGCCAGAAAUAAUCAAGAUGUUUUGCGAGCCGAGCUCUACAGUAAUGUACUCGAUGCUGUUAGCAAGGGUGACACUGAUGCUAAAAUUAUUGGACAAAGGUUCAUAUUCCCGCCCAGUUUCACCGGCGGGCCUCGAUACUUAGUUGAGAAAUAUCAUGAUGCGAUGGCUAUCUGCAGAGAAUAUGGGAACCCGGAUUUGUUUAUCACAAUGAUGGCCAAUCCUAACUGGAGAGAGAUUAAAGAACAUCUUGAGAUAUACGGUGGAGACUCCCCCAAUGACAGACCCGGCAUUGAAUGUCGGGUCUUUAAGAUGAAGUUAGAUCAGCUACUGAAGGAUUUCAAAAAAGGAAUUUUCUUCAAGCCAUACACUACAGCUCUCCACAGAAUAGAGUUUCAAAAAAGAGGCCUCCCUCAUGCACAUAUAUUGUUGUGGUUUGGAAACUCAUCCAGAACACCAAGUUCGGAAGAGGUAGAUGAGAUUAUUUCAGCCGAGCUCCCAAACAAAGAAGAAGACCCAUAAGCUUAUAAUUUAGUGACAAAACACAUGAUCCAUGGUCCAUGUGGUGUCAUUAAUCCGAAGUCACCGUGUAUGGAAAAUAAUGUGUGCACAAAGAAGUAUCCUCAGCCUUAUAAUGACAGUACUUCGAUUGACAAAUCAGGGUAUGUGUUAUAUCGUCGCCGCCGAAAUGAAAAUGAGUCUUUGGUUAAAAGUGGGGCAACCCUAAACAACACGUUUGUUGUACCUCAUAACGUUAAUCUCCUAAAGAAGUACGAGGCUCAUAUCAAUGUGGAAUGGUGUAACCGUACAAGCGCAGUGAAGUACUUAUUCAAGUACAUAACCAAGGGUGUUGACAGAGCAUCCGAAGUUAUUGAAAAAGGAAAUACGGCAACUACCUCUGACACAGUUGCUUCUGGAGAACCAAAGGAAAAAUUGAUUAAGCAACGGAAUGAGAUCCAAGAAUACAUCGAAGCCCGGUAUUUGUCAGCUUGUGAGUCCAUGUGGCGGACUUUCGCAUUUCACAUACAUAAAAGAAAGCCGUCCGUUGAGAAACUUAUCAUUCACUUAGAAGGCGAGCAUAACAUCACCAUUAAAGAAACUGAUAACCUCGGCCGCGUAAUCCGCAAACCAGGUAUUGAGAAGACAAUGUUUACUGAAUGGAUGGUAUUAUGCAGAAGGUCAGCAUUUGCACGGACAUUAACUUAUGUGCAGAUACCAGAAUAUUUCGUCUGGAACAACAAUUCCAAAGUCUGGUCUGAACGUAAGAAAGGAAAAACCAUUGGGUGAAUUGUGACUGUCCAUCCAUCAGUAGGUGAUCAAUACUAUCUGAGGAUCCUCAUCAAUAAGUUUAAAGGUCCUAGAAGUUAUGACGAGCUGAAAACUUUCAACGACGUGAAAUACCCUGACUUCAAAUCGGUUUGCCAUGCACGAGGCUAUUAGGACGAUGAUGUUGAAUGGCUCGAGAGUAUGUCAGAAGGUGCUACAACAGCCACCUCAUACCAACUCCGCGAUAUGUUUGUCACCUUUCUAAACACUUGCUUCGUUGCAGGCCCCAAAGGACUAUGGGAGCACUCAUGGAAAUCAAUGAGCGAGGACAUACUUCACAAGAGGCAAAGGAUCUUAGGCCACACAAAUCUGGAGCUGGACGAUGAGACCCUUGAGCAGUACACGUUAAUCGAAGUGGAAAAGUUGAUGCGCAUGCAAGAUCGUUCUUUAAACGAUAUUAAAGAGAUGCCUAAGAUCAAACCUGUUUUGCUAAAAGAAUUGGGGAACAGUUUGUGGAACCAAGAAAUGGAUUACGAUGUUGCCGAAGAAACGCUCAGACAUGACAAUCAGUACAACUUGCUUAACGCCGAGCAGCGUGCGAUUUACGAAUCAGUCUUAGACUCUGUUGACAAAAAGGAUGGAAAACUAUUCUUUGUACAUGGCGCAGGAGGCACAGGAAAAACAUUCCUCUAUCAAACUAUCAUAUCCAGACUUCGCUCGAGGAAACAAAUCGUUCUCCCGGUAGCUUCUUCAGGAAUAGCCGCAUUGCUACUACCAAACGGAAGAACAGCUCACUCACGCUUUAAUAUUCCUUUGAAGCUCGACGAAGAUAAGCUCUGCAACAUCAAACCAGGUACGAUGCUCGCUGAACUCAUCGAGAAAACGGACCUCAUCAUCUGGGAUGAGGCACCUAUGACGCACAAACAUGCCUUCGAAGCACUUGACAAAACUUUGAAGGACAUAAUGUCUAUGAAAAACCCACACGCAAAGGAUCAAACUUUUGGCGGAAAAACGGUUUUGUUAGGUGGUGAUUUUAGACAAAUCCUUCCGGUUGUUCCACAAGGGAGUAGUGCUGAUACUGUCUUAGCUUCGAUAAGUCAUUCAUAUCUAUGGAAUUUCUGCCACAAGUUUCCUUUGAAGACAAAUAUGCGAGUCAACCAGGACGAAAAAGAGUUCUCCGAUUGGCUUCUCAAAGUAGGUGGGGGUCGUCCGGAAUCAGAACAAGAAGAUGAGAACGAUGGCUACCAUGACCAAAUGGUAAAUAUCGAUCCAACAUUCCUCCAAGAGACUAAAGAUGAGUCACUAAAGCAGGUUGUCGAUGCAGCGUAUGGUGAUACCAACCAAAUAGAGGCCUCCCAAAGUACCUACACCGAUAAAGCUAUCCUAACUCCCCGAAAUGAUACAGUCGAUGAGAUCAAUGCGUAUACAAUCUCGAAAACCGAGGGAGAGUCAAAAGACUACUACAGUUACGAUGGCUUUGAAGUUUCGGAAACUCAAUCUAACCAAAAUGAUACAUUAUACGCCAUUGAGUAUCUCAACUCGAUGUAG